AUGUUCCAGGUGCAGCACAACCAUCAUGGCGAAGACUUCCACCGCUUCUUCCAUCGUGGAAGGAGUUCAAUGUCGGCUAUUGAUGAUAGAAAAGCAGAAGAGUUUAGGAGACAUGUCUGGGCUGUUACCAUGAUUGAUGAGGAACCUACAGAACAAAUACAGAUGCACACACAGACUCCAGCUCAGACGCAAAAGAAGAAGAAGCUCUCUCGCCGAUCGACUGACCUUGUUCGUCCUGGUGCCAACAAACUCCGAUCAAAACGAUCUUCUGUCGGCCCUCCUCCAGUGACAAGAAAAGGAAAUGACAAACACUCCAAAAGCCAGCUCUCGCUCGACCUCACAAUGAAGGAUACUACAGUCUCGGUUCGGCCGGUGCAUCCCACCAUGUUUGGCUCGCCAAAGACAUCUCAAGAAACCGCCAUUAGUGCUUUUCUCGCAAACACAAGCACAAUAGUCGAAUCACCAAAGACAAACCAAGCUCCCUUCUCACCAGACGAUUUCCCUCGUCCCACCUAUACCGUUCUCGAAACUCCCCUGGCAGACCCCAAAAAGAGCCGCGAUGCUAUCUCUCAACCGAAACCCAACAUCAACCGCCCACGACAGCUCUCCAAUAUUUCAGCCACAACGUUAGCAUCACUUCAGUCCCAAACUAUAAACUCGCCAACAAUGAAGUCUUCCUGGGGAAGCAGACCGAGCAUGGAAUCCACCGAUUCGGCCUCUAAAUGGCGACCAGAGUACAUGUACCAGCGACCAAUGCCCAUCAAGAACCUUUCUUCUUCUUCAACGAGAACACCCAUGAAGCCAAAUGAACUGUUCGCCAAAUUACCUACCAAAGUACUGUCGUGUAUCAUGGAGCAGCUAAGGAAUCUUCAUGUUGGGGAAAACAGCGGGAGUUGUGCGACUUGCUGGAUGCGAGAUGCGACCAAUGUUGCUGUUUCUUGUCGCAAGUGGUACCAGCCCGCUCAAGCAGCUCUGUACGGAAACAUCCAACUCGUAGGCGCAGAUUCAGCUGUCCACAAAAAGAAGUACAAGAUGUCUCAGGGCGUUCGCGUCAUCAUGCUCCGUCGCAUGCUCCGCUCUAAACCUCGACUUGCCAGUCUCGUCCGCACACUCAAAGUCCCAGCUCCCGAAACCGUCCCCAAGGGUUCUACAAUCGCCGAGUAUGAGGAUCUCAUCGCCACGCUGGUCAUGGCAUGCCCCAACCUAGAGAGUCUCCGCGGUCUGUCGCCAAUGUAUGACCACUCCUUCAGCAAGAUAUUCCAUGCGCUGUCCACAAGAUCGAACCUGAAGGAGAUGAACUGGCUCAUUCAGGCGUCGCCACAUCAGACACAGCACCGUACCCAGGGCAAUGCUCAGCAGCCCGGUAUGGUCAUGCCGGGAGAGCUCAAGCCCUUUCAGGAAGCAACAUUCUUGUCAUUCAACACCAAUUGGUCACGGCUUGAGAGUCUCACCGUUCACUGUCUGCCUGGAGCAACUCUCACACCCGAAACACUCCUUACAAAAACCCUUGAGCGUCUGCCUAACAUCAAGCACCUUCAUCUCUGUAACCUGCCGCCUAAUAGCUUCGACGACUGCUCUCUUCUCACCCUCCCUCCUCUCGAGACCCUCACCCUCUCUCACAUCAGCGGUAUUACAACUGCCGGCCUGUCAGCAUUUGCGACGCAAUCCAACAGCUACCCUCUGCGCAAACUAACCCUCCGCCACACGCCAAUGAACUCACUGGCUGCUCUCGCCCGCAUCCUCUCUAACCUUCGAAACCUCGUCAACUUCUCCUUCAUCCAAGCCUUUCCGCCCACCAUGCCGGAGAACGACAGUUUCACGCUGUGGCUGAUGCCUUAUCUGACUAGCAACACUAUUCGAAAGCUUCACUGGGACAUAACCAGCCACGCAACGUGCGUCAACGCCGCAGACGACAUCCUCGCUCGAAGUAUCGGCGCAGGGGGUUUCCCAGCUUUGAGGAUUCUGCGCACUCCCAACGAUCCGGACGGCAUCUUCCAGGAACUCUGUUACCCUGUUGAAAGAAUCGAUCUUCCUUGCGAUCGCUUUCGAUCCACUGAGCAACCCCAAAUUUCCACACCUCCGCCUAGCUCAACACCAAGUCCCAUGUCACCUACCCGCCUAUUUAGAUCCACCAACGCAUCACCCAUUGCAUCCCCACGAGAGCCCAUUUCUCCCUUUGCGUUUCCCUUGGGCGACUCGCGCCGCGCUCCCUACUCAAAUCUUCACACCUCACGCCUGGCCGCCCAAGCACGUCUCGAAGCAGCCCGAUCGCAACCAAAAUUCACCGUCAACGUCAUCGAGGAAGACGGCACUUUCAACGACACCUUCACCAUGGCGGGAUUUAUCGGCACAGCUGGAAGUCCCAUCAAGUACCAUCUCCACCCCGACCGGGGAACGACGGAUGACAAGGGGGGCCUGAUCGACAUAAGAGACCUCGAAAGUGACGCGGGUGAGAACCUAGCAGGUGGAAAGGCGGGAUGCAAUGGCCGAUGGAACUCCCGCGAGGGAAUCGUUGCGGAUAAGAAGGAGAAGGAGUGGUGGUGGCACACUGAGCGAGGCCGCUGGCAAAAGGUGACGCUCUGA